AUGAAGAAGAUGAAUGUGGAUCAACAAACUGCAGCAGCAGAGUACGAGAAACUGACCCGAGAUGUUCAAAGGAUUGUCCUUGUCCCUCAUCAUCCCAACCUUACUGGAAUCAAAAGCGCAUUCGUUGAUGAUAUUUAUAAGGGUGAGUUCUAUGUGGUCAUGCCAUUCAUGGAGUUGUGCUCUCUUCGAUCCAUCAUGACAUAUAAGUACAACAAUGGUCUGUCCGAGGGCUGUAUAGCUGUGGCCCUCAAGCAAACGUUAAUGGGUCUCUCUCAUCUCCAUCUAAAUGGCCAAUUACAUCGAGAUAUCAAUGCUGGACACAUCUUCUUAAGCGACUAUCACGGUAUCAAACUCGCAUUCGCGGCCACUGUAUACGAACAUGACUAUGGCAGUCAUCGUCUUCGCCACAGCAGCAUUGCUGCUUCAGUCUCUACAAGCUUGGCCGCUGCGCCCGAGGUUUUCUACUCCGAUGGUGAAUACACUAAAAAGGCUGACAUAUGGCUUAUUGGAAUCACCGCAUUAGAGUUGGCUUACGGUGGAAUUCCAGUGUCUAGUCGACGAGGUUUGGAGAAGAUGAUCAACAAAAUUACAAACAAGAAAAAACUACCCCCAAAGAAAGAGGGAGGACUCCCUUCUUUCUUCAAACCUUUGGUUAAGCCCUGUUGUGCUGCUGCUGAUCUGAGUCUGGAAUUCUUAGAAUGUUUUAGGAAGAUGGUGGCAAAGUGUCUGGCUACAGAACCGGCACAGAGGCCCACUGCAUUUGAGCUUCCAGAGGAUGACUUCUUCAAGAAUUGCAGCGACGUUGUGGAACACUUUCUGUCUAAGGCCACUCCUCUUCCUCCUCAUUAUUAUUAA